AUAUAUCGGUUCGCAAAAUACCUACUGUUAAAUCAUUGUUAAAAAUAUCUGAAGUUGUUAUAUUAUCUAUUAGAGAAGCUGAAUUUAUCGUUGCUCUUUUCACGAAAUACGUAAAGAAAAAGAAUAGAAAACUAAAAGAAAGGCUGUGUAAAAAUGAAAAACAAAACCUACAACACUAGUUUUUCAAAAGAGUUGUAUGAUGAUUAUAAAAGUGCUGAUAACAAAGAAGAAUUCAUAAAGGAGUAUUUGGAAAAGGAAAAAGAAAAUGGAGUUAAUACUAAACUAGAUUUUUAUUGUUUACUUUUAUGUCAAGCAAUCGAAGAGCAAGACAAAAAUAUGGUUAAAGACAUAUUACAAUUACAUCAAGCAGAAAAUUAUCCACAAUUAUUAACAAAUGUUAAUAAACAUCAUAUGAGUCCAAUAGUCUUUGCUUUGCUUUAUAACGAUACCAAUGAUAUAAAAGAUAUUAUUCGGGAUUUGUUAAACCAAUUAUUGAAUGAAGGAUAUUAUUUUCAAAAAGUUAUCUUAACUAGAGAAGCCUUUUUAACAAUGUAUGACGUUAUUAGUUUUCAAGGAGAAGCUUACAUAGAAUGCAUAGAUGACUUUUUGAAGCCUCUUGUGGUUGAUGAAGAAGUAUCUAUAAUGAGAGAAAAGGUUUCAGGUUUGAUGUUACCAAUGUUAAAUAAGCUGAAAUUUUUAUAAAUUGUUUGAUGUUACGUAUACGAUUUAAAGUUACUUGCUACGUUAUAUACUUUUACGUUUAAAUUGUUACAU